AUGGAUUUUUGCUCUUCUUACCUGGGUGACGAAAAGAAAUUGAACUUGUCUUGCAUUCGGCUUGGCCCGCCACAAUGGCUCAUUUCUUUUGACGACAUCCACACUACUGCACAUUAUGUCAAUAUGUAUGGGGUAGAGACAACGCAGGUACGGCCAAACACAGCGAUCGGGAUCAUGUACACCCAACCAGGUGGAUUAACUGGACAUUUGAUGUUGCUAAUCAUGGUUCUCAUGUACACGACCGCGCAUCAUAAAAUUCGCGCUCAGUGCUUCGAGGCCUUCUGGUACACGCAUCACUUGGCAUUCUUCUGGGCGCUUGGACUUUAUUUGCAUGCUACUGGUUGCUUUGUACGGGGCGCUUCACCAGGAAAGAAAGUGGAAUGCAUUCAAUACAACUCUGUAUAUCUUACGGUCUGGAGUGGAAUUGCCUACUUUUGUGAUCGACUGUGGCGUGAAUUGAGAGGUCGAAAACCAGCUGAGAUCAUCGCAGUCCUAGUUCAUCCUUCUGGAGCCAUAGAGAUUCGAUUACGGAAACCUGGAUUGAAAUAUGUAUCUGGACAAUGGCUCUUUCUUCAAGUUCCUGACAUCUCCAGUUUUCAAUGGCAUCCAUUCACGAUCUCUAGUGCACCCGACGAUCCAUUCGUAUCGAUCCACGUUCGGCAAGUCGGAGAUUUUACUCGAGCUCUAGGAGAACGGCUUGGAGUGACCCAGGCGCUUACCGCUAAUCUAAGUGGAAAGGGUCGGACGGAAUUUGUAGACAUCACUGGAGUAGGAGAUGCAGCUCACUUGCCAUACGUUCGGAUCGAUGGUCCUUAUGGGGCACCAGCACAAGACGUAUUUUCAUGUGAUGUGGCUAUACUUAUAGGUGCUGGGAUCGGAGUAACUCCCUUUUCAAGCAUCUUGAAAAACAUCUACUAUAUGCAGCAACAAGGUAAAUUAGGGUCAUUGAGAAGAGUACAAUUCAUUUGGCUGAACAAGGACGUAGCUGCCUUCGGUUGGUUUCAAGCGCUUUUGAGACGACUUGAGGAGAUGCAGACCGAUGAAACAUUCUUAUCCAUGUCAAUGUACUUGACCGGAAGUGUGGAUGUAGACCUGAUCACGAAUGUGUCUAUCAAUGAUCCAAUCGCCUCGGUUGAUCCACUUACCGGUUUAAAGACUCGAACACACUUUGGUCGGCCUAAGUGGGGUCAAGAGGUCUUUGAGCCUGUUCGCAGGUAUGUUCAGUCUGAUGCGUGGUAUGGGGCCGAAGCAUCUCUGAAAACGAAGAUUGGAGUAUUUUAUUGUGGACCAAGUCCUUUAGCAAAAACGUUGAGAAAAGAGUGUCUGAAUCAUACCAGCAAAGAUGUACAAUUCGAAUUCUAUAAAGAAAACUAUGUGUGA